AUGUUAGGCGACAAAAGCGAGAAAGCGACUCCUGUAUACUCAGGGCGUGAUCCUGUAGCCGACGUUCCUCCUUCCUACUCUGAAGGAGUCCCGACUUCAAGUGAUGGCCUCAUCCCCGCCGGGACCCUCCUCCUCGCCGGAACAACCAUUUUCAACACCGCCUCAGCGUCAUCACCGCCAUUAUACGAACUCACUUACCCCAUCGGACACCUGCGGGAGUCCAAUACAUCAGUUUCGUUCUACCGCUAUGAGAACAGUGUACGGGACUCUCCUGGGGCAUCCGGUCCUCAGGUAGCAUCACGAAAGAAGCAUAUCUUCGACCUAAAGCGAGACCCUACAGUUACUGAGCCCCCCUUCCCAUACCACUUGAACUCGGUCUCUCGCGGAAAUGUUGGACAUGUGGGCAUCAGGACACACCGACGCUUAGGUGGAUCGGGUUACCGCGCCUGGAGGGCGACGAGAGCGAGAGAAGGGGCGGAUCUAGAAGGCAAGGAGAUGCUCUUCAACAUCAAGACGCGGGGCAGCGGACGGCAAGAAUGGCGCGAUGGGAGCGACAAGACGGUUCUGGCGCAUGAGACGAGCGAGGAGGGGAUCCACAAGCUACAGAUCGUCGUCCCAUUAACCCAAGAUAUUAGAGACGGGUUGGUCGCGACGUGGUGUUUACGACUUUGGUGGGAGAUUGCCCUGUCCAAGGUCGAGCCUUUCAGCUGGAGCGAAGUCAAGAAUGUGUUGCAGUACAACUCGAAGAAUCUCCCUUCCGGGGCGCGCUUGGGUCUUCUCCCUUAG